AUGCUUCAGAUUGGGCUGAGUUAUACCAGCCCAGCUGGGGCCCCCACGGCUGGUUUCUCUUUGGAGAAAGCAGGAGCAAGUGAAAGAACAAAUCCCAUCAUGGAUGAGGUACAGGAAAGCAACUUGAAAUGUUCCCGAGCCUUCUCGUUAGGAGAAAGCCAAGCAACAGAGGAGCCUUGUCGGGCAAGUAUUGGCCCAUCUCCUCCUCUGCCACCGCCACCUGGCCUCAUCCUCAGGAGAAAGCCAGAUGGUGGAGGAGCCUUGCUCGCCAAUACAUCUAUAAUCCCCAAGGUUGAGCUGUGGAACAGUGCCUCAACCUCCUGUCAAGGCUGCUGUGAAUUUGUAAAUCACAACAAGAUUCCCAAAUGGAAUGAAAAGCAGGAUUCUCGAGAACAGCUCCAUGGCAAGUCCACAAAAGAGCUAAAGAAACUGGCAAGAGAAGGAUGUUGGGCUAGAAGUCAUGCUCUACGGGCAGAAGCUUACCAGCACAUUAUCCAGGACCUACCUUGUCGACUCAUGACCCCCGAUGCCACCGUCUACAAGGAUGUUGCCAGCAAGUUGUUUGGAAACCAGAGUGAGAGUGUUGAACCCAUACCUGAAUUCCUGGCAGGAAGCAUCAUGCCAGAAUACUGUCUCACUGACAAAGGGGUGUGUGCUGUGAAAAAGAUACUCAUCUGUAUUUCCAGCCUGUACCCAGACAUCACCUAUUGUCCCUUGCUUCCAGCUGUGACUGCCCUGCUGCUCCAUUACAGCCACAAUGAAGCCCAGUGCUUUGAGAAUACCUGCCGGCUCCUCUACUGCAAAGCCCCUCACACCUCCUACAUAGACUACUCUUUCCUUACUUAUGAGGCCUCAUGCAUGACCUUUGGGGACCUAGCUAACAAACAUUGCCCAGCUGCCCACCGUCUGAUAGCGAGCUCAUCAGACAACAUCUUUGAGGUAUAUUCUGAGUGGCUGGUAUGGCUCUUUGGUGACCUUCCAUUUGAUUAUGUCAUCCGUAUUUUUGAUGUAUACCUUCUGGAGGGACAAAAAGUCCUCUACCGAAUCGCUCUGGCCCUGCUGAAGCAAUACCAGCUCUCUGUGGCUUCAAAAGGACUGGAAGUGGCUGACAUCAAGGGGAGCCUGCAGGCUUUCAUGUGGGAUAUUCAUGAGCACCUGACUGCUGAAAAGCUUCUAGAGAAGGCAUUCGGGAUCCGGCUUUUCUCUCGCAAAGAAAUCUGGCUCCUUCAGAUGGCUAACAGGAAGGCGCUUGUGGAAAAGGGAGUUACCAUGGUGCAACACAGGCAAUCAUUCCACCUUACUGUGAAUGCACACGAUUUCACCUCCACCAUUGUCAGUGUUCAGGAAAUGCGAAUUGUGUGGUCUUGGAUCCCUGAAAGAUUUUCUUUGUUCUCACCUAGCCUCUUAUUCUCAACUUCUGAAGAUGGGUACAGCUUGCAAAGGUUUUAUUCCUGCUGUGAAGGCUACGAACCAACUGUAUUACUGAUAAAAACCACCCUGGGGGAAGUGUGUGGGGCAUUUCUCUCCUCUGACUGGAAUGAAAGGAAGAAAAAUGGGGGAGCAUCAAGUUUCUUUGGCACAGGAGAAUGCUUUGUUUUCACUGUACAUCCUGAAAUAGAGCGAUAUGAGUGGGUAUUCAUCAAGAAGCCAGAACAAGCAAAAGCCUUGCCUCGCUCCCCACGCCAGCGUUCUCCAUCUCCCUUUUCUCCAGAGGGGCGCUCAACAUCCAGCCCCAACCACCUCACUGUGCCAAAGUUAGACAUGAUUAAAAACCGUCUCUCUCCAUUCCUGGCAAUUAGACACUUCAAGUUACCUUCCAAAACAGCCUCUAUGUUUAUGUCUGGAACUCAGGAAGGAAUUAUCAUAGGUGGUGGAGGAGGCCAGGCCUUAUUCAUUGAUGCUAAUUUGUAUCAUGGAAGAACUGAACACUGUGAAACAUUUGACAACCCUCCCCUUUGCCAAGAAAAUUUUCAGAUUCAGCUCCUAGAAGUCUGGGGCUUUCAAAACUCUUGAUCAUCCCUGCUCCUGUUUUGGCUGAUAUUGCACCCUACAACAUUGCUGGUAGUGAAACAAGACAUUGGAUGAUGACUGUCAGUUGGCGAUGUCAGGAAUC